AUGAAAGAUUGGGUUGCAAAGUUAGAUGAUGCCUUGUGGGCAUAUAUGACUGCAUACAAAACACCAAUUAGGGCAUCUCCAUACAAGCUUGUAUAUGGGAAGUCAUGUCACUUGCCGGUUAAACUUGAACAUAAGGCGUAUUGGGCGGUCAAAAAGUUGAAUAUGGACUUGGAAGCUACAGGCGAGAAGAGGCUCUUGCAGCUGAAUGAGUUCGAUGAGUUUAGGUUGCACUCCUACGAAAAUGCUAAGCUGUAUAAGGAGGAAACCAAAAGAUGGCAUGACAGGCGUAUCAAGCCUCGUCACAUUAAACUAGGACAAAUGGAAAUAUUGUUCAGUUUCAAACUCAAGCUAUUUCCUGGAAAGGUAAAAUCGAGGUGGUCAGGUCAAUUUAAGGCGGUUAGAGUCACCCCAUACGGUGCAAUCGAGUUGCGUGCUUUAAAUGGUGAAGAUAAUUUUUGGUGA